AUUUACAACUUUAACCGGUUAUUGAAAACAGGAACCAAUGUUAUUUUCUCUGCGACACAUCCGGAUAAAAUUUGAAGACGGAACCUACCACUUCCGGUCUAGUUGUCAACACAGGAGCAGCACGCGUGUUUUCAGCCAAAAUGCCGAAGGCUCAGAAAGGAAAACCCGCGGAGAAAGUUGUUCACCCGUACAGCAGGAAAGCUGCUUACCUCGCCCGAGAAGAAAUCAGACUGAAGAAGAAAGAAAGGCAGAAGAACGACAAAGCAACACGUCUGAGUGGCAUCGGUGAGAAGCUGUUAUGGUUUCAGGGACAGUUGGAUCCAGAUAAGACCACUUACACCAAAAAAGACGCCUGUGACAUCAUUGAAAGGUACCUCCAGAGGUUCGACUCUGAGCUCGAGCAGAUUGAGCUGAUGAACGGGAUCAAAGGUCGGCAGGGUCGUCUCCACGGCGCCAGAGAGGCCGUCAUCAAACAGACCAUCGAGAGAGAGAGGGCGCAGUACGAGGGCAGCGGAUUCGAGAUCCCAGACAUCAUGAAUGGAAAGCAUCUGAAAACAUUCAGAGAGUGGACCGGCGAUCUCAAGAAACUCCCGAACCUAAAAAUGCGGAAGGUGUCUAACAAAGGAUUGGAGACUAAGAAUGAAGAGGAGGAGAAACAUGACGCAGAAGAGGAUAAUGGGGACAGUGAAGAUGACUUGGAUGAUGAGCAGCUGGAUGACAUGGUGCUGAUGUCGGAUUAGAACUGAGGCUCAGUGACUGACAGUCAGACUGGCAUUCAGCGAAGACAUCCUAUAGAUAAAUGUGUGUUUUUGUGGUUGUGUGUGGAGAAAAUGCUGCAACUCCAUGACUGUCCAGAAGAUGGUGCCGAACUCUCAGAGAUGGAAACUUCAUCAGUCUCUGUGUUGCUCAGUAACUCGACACCAGCCUGUGAGGGGUUCUACAUUCAUUGUUUAUUGCACAAACAAAAAUGCAUCGUGUGUAACCUGAAUAUUCAAUUUUAUCCAAUCAGGGAUAGAAAAAAAAAAAAAGGUUUUUGACAAAGAUGUUAAGUGCUCUCAUGUGGCAGUGGAUUAAAGACAAAGUUUUCUGUGACACGACAGUGACGCUAGUAGAAAACCAAAUUAAACCAGUAGAAAAGUGGACAAGUGUAAACAACAGUCACCUUCAGUUGGUUGACUGGUCAGUCACUCACACACGUGCCAAGUCUGAUGUAAAAACAUUACUGGAUGACGACCGUGAAGCUCUAUUUAAAUCGGUGUGUGAAUGACGGGACCUGGCGGAGCAGGACCACAUGAAGCUGCAGACUGUCAAAAACAUCAUCAACAACUGGAAUACUUGAGAGUUUUCUAUUUAAAGAAAUAUUCAAAAGUUUCUAUGAUAAUAAAUAAAUUCAGCUUUUUUUCAAAACA